UUUCUAUUUUCAGUUCAAAUAUUUUACACUAAAUAAAAUACAAAAUAUAAAUAUUUAAAUUCGUGUGAGUGCAUUUUUCAGACAGCUACAAACACUUCGAGUACUACAGAGGCUCCCAACAAUGACGACAAAUAUAGAACUUUUCGUUGCCAAAAUGGAAAGUACAUAAAUUACGAAUUGUAUUGUAAUGGAGAUAUGGACUGCCCAGAUAGAAGUGACGAAGGCAUAGGAUGUUACUGGCGCGGUGGUUGUGGCAAAAGAAGAUUCACAUGUUUUAACGCAGUCCAAUGUGUAAUGCCCAGCGACCUAUGUGAUAAACAGAACCAGUGCAAUGAUGGAUCCGAUGAAUGGAAUUGUGGAGAUCAGCUGAAUACAGAAAAUUGCUCCCUGAGUGAUGGAAAAUUCUUGUGUCACGAUAAAAAAAGAUGUCUCGAUCUGGAAAACACUUGCGAUGGAUAUUUCAACUGUUUCGAUGACUCGGAUGAAAACAGCAACUGUACAAAAUAUGACAGUGUGGCUCAAGAAUGUCCAUCUACUUAUAUUUCCACUCCUGAAGGUCCUAUAUGCCCUUGUAAUUACAGUAAUGGUAAAUUAAAGGAAAUAUGUGCAGGUAUUCAAAAUUGUACCGGGGCAUCUCCAUGCGAUCAAAAUUGUCAUAUGUUCAAAGGUAAAAAAUACUGCUCAUGCUUUGAAGAUUAUCAUCCUGUUCCUAAUAGUAAUGGUCAUAAAUGUCAAAGUAAUGAAUUACUCGAAAAUAUAAUUCUAUACUCGACUAUAACCAGAAUAAAAUCUUUGAAUUUGACCACAAAUCGAACAUCUACCCUGACAAGUGGAGUCAACUGUACAGCUUUGGCUGCAGCUCAUGAUCAUGUUUAUUAUGCAACGUCGCAGCAGGGGAUCAAAAAUUACAUUUUGAAAAUUCCAAUCAAUUCUAACCUAGGAAGAGGAGAAAAGUUGUUUGAACAAGAUUCGGUUGUUACGUCCAUCUCAGUGGACUAUAUUACCAAUAACAUAUAUUUCAUUGCGAACGAAUCGCUAUUUGUAUGCACAAAUAAUAGUGGUCGAAUUUGCUCUAGACUCAAAUGUUGUGGAAUUGGAUCUGUUGUGUUGGCUCCCAAAUUUGGGGUUAUGUUCUAUACAAUGAAAACAUAUCCUUCAGAAGGGCAAGGUUCUCAGUACCACGUCAUGAAAUCUAAUAUGGAUGGUGAAGACGAGGGUAUUUUCGUAGAUGACAUAUUUAGUGAUCUUAAGAUGACUUUAAUAGUCAAUGAACGAAUGAAAAAAGUUCUGUGUUUAGUUCAACCUGGAAAUUAUUUCACUCACGUUACCUUCGAAUGUACGACGUUGGAUGGAUCUGAAAAAGAAACUCGGAAUCUACACUGGGGCCAGAUUCUUUCCAUUUCAGCCUUAAAUGAGAAAUUAUUCUUCAGUGAGAAAAACAGCAAUCUUAUAUAUUCCGUCAACAAUUCCGUCAACAUGUCUGACUCUGCUGGAACAGUUUACUUUCGUGACCUGAUCUCGAAGAAAUUGAAUUUAUUACAUGCUCACAAUAAACGCUUCCAUCGUUUUAAUGAGAAUCCCUGUGCUACAGCUUCGUGUCCUGGUCUAUGUCUACUUCGUCCAACAUCCUUCACAGAUUCCAGUUUAAAUUACACCUGCAUCUUGGACAGUUCGAGGUUUUCUAAUGAGAAUCAUCCUACGAACGAAAAUAAUUCUAAAUUAGACUUGGAUAGUUUUUUAACCAAAAUGUUGAUACUUUUGCUCAUUGUGACCAUUGUGGGCUGUGGUGUUUUCCUUUGUCAUCAUAAAUGUAACUUGCGUCGAUAUUACAGUAUGUUGAGUAUUUGGAAAUCAAGUCCUGAAGAACAAGUGGAGAUGGUUCAACAAAAGAAAUAGUCUAGUCUGAAUAAUAGGUACCUUUUACGUUUUUUUUUUUUUUUUAAAUUUUUUAUUGCCAAUUAACGAUAAACUUAUUUUAUAUGAUGUCAAAAUGCGCUGUGAAAUAUAGUUAAUUAAGUUGA